AUGGCACUGUGUCACCCCCAGUUGACAGUCGCAACCAUUUAUGCCGUUGUCGUCUAUGAUCUUCCCUCGCACUCUCGCCGAUAUCAUCGGUAUCGUUUUCACCAACGUCCCCAGCCCACUGUCUUGGAACUUCGAGCAGGACUCUCUUCCGCCGGUCCUUCGCAAAGCAGAGCAAUUCUUGCUGGACAAUCCCGUGGCGAUGUAGAAGAAGUACAACGAGCUGAAGGCGAAGAAACUCCCGAAACAAACGCUCAAACAGCUACGUGGUGGCGUCAUUCAGGGAGAGCUUAUGACCCUUGA